GCAUUUCUCUCCUUACACCACUUUGGUAGAUGCGUUUUUUUGGAUAGAAUGCCCAACAUGUCCUCAGCAGCCUCUUCCGUUACUUUGGUAAGCAGGCCACGCACGCGGAGAGCUGCUCCCAGAGUAAAGACAGGCUGCAAAACCUGCAAAAUUCGUCGGGUGAAAUGCGACGAAGAGAAGCCUCAUUGCAAACGAUGCACAAACACGGGUCGCAAGUGCGAUGGCUACCCGAUCAUCCCAGAUGGCAGUCAGACAAUCGUAUUCUCAGUAACUCGAACGUCUACAGUUCAACGUACUGUCAAGUCUCCCAUGGCAGGCGACAAAGACCUUCACUUCCUGGAGUUCUACACCCACUGCGCCGCACCUUCCAUGUCCACUGAUGGCUUCGACGCAGAGUUCUGGUCCUCGGCGUGUUUACAGAUGGCCCAAUCCGAGCCUUCAAUUCGGCAUGCCUUGAUAGCCAUAGGAUACCUCAACAGGUCCCAGACAGGGAGUUUGAAAAGUGCUCGGUCCGGUUUGGUCGCUGCCUCGGGACAGGAGACAUUCUUGACACACUACAACAGAGCCAUCAAAGCUCUCGCGGAACGCAUUUCUGAAGCUUCUUACAGCGCUGAGGUCGGGCUCGUAUCCUGCUUCAUCUUCGUUGGGAUAGAGAUUCUGCGCGGGAACUACGACACAGCUAUGCUGCACUAUUGUAACGGACUCCGCAUCCUUCAGACCCUUAGAGCGAAACAAAGGUCAACUCGAGGAAAGACGCUCGGGUCUGACUUGAUUGAGAAUUCACUCGUUCCUCUAUUCCAUCGUCUGCUCACCACAGGGAUAUUGUACGGCGUGCCUACCGAGCUUGCUAUGUCUCUCAUCCAGAGACCGUCCGAUAGCCCACAGCCCGCUUUCCAGUCUAUGUUAGAAGCGCAGUCCGCGAUGUAUGAGCUACGCAACCAAGGCUUAUUGUUCAUUCGUCACAUGGGCGAGAACUUCCGACCGAUAACGCCUACUCCCCAACACAAGCUGCUCGACCAACAAGCUUUGCUAUUUGCUUUGGAUGAAUGGUGGAUCGCACUGGAAGAGCUUGAGAAUAGCAAAGUUCUUUCCAAAGAUGACACAAUCACAGCACACUCACUAAAGGCCUGCUACUAUUCUACCUACAUCCUUGGGGCAUCGAUCACAGAUCCUAACCAGUGUGCGUGUGAUCGACAUUUGCCUCGGUUUAAGUCUCUGGUUGAACACUGUAGACAUGUGGUGGAGCACAGUCAGCGCCUAGGAGUUACGUCGCCCGCGGCGAACUUCACGUUCGAGAUCACGGUCAUCCCAUAUCUUAACUUCACAGCGUCACGCUGUCGGUGCCCAUUCACUAGACGAGAAGCCGUCGCCCUUCUUGAGCGCAACAUACCACGCGAGGGUCUCUGGGAUGCGCAACAGCAGGCUAUGGUAUCUCGAAGGCUUAUCGAAAUCGAGGAGCGCGAAGUCGAUCCCAUCACUGGGUGGCCGACAGAAAAUGCGAGGGUUCUGAGCGGAAUCGCAGGUACUAUUGUUCGGGGAAACAUGGACGGUAAUGGUCGUUUUGCGGUGUACUUCGCAAUGGACAUUUGGGGCGAGGGUCGUGGCGAAGCACCACUGCCGCCGAUUGGCGAACGAGGUAGGAUGUGGAAAGAGUGGUUUCAGCUGUGA